UUAGAAAGAGGAGAUCUAAACAUAUUAAGUCUCAAAAGUAAAUUAUUAUAAUGUAUGGUCAUCUAGUCGACAUAUUAGUUCGUUUCAUAAGAUAUAUGAGAUAUUUUACAAUUUCAAUCUUGUAGGAGUAGUUCUUUAAUGUUACUCAAUGAAUGCACAUUUGGGUCUAAAAUAUUACUUGCCAUCGACAACUUUGGUAUGGCAAGGAGAGAGCCAAUUUCCACUUGAACCUUCCUAAAUCCCCUUCUCCAACACAAAUUUAAGCCCUGGAAUAAUGCCCAUAGCUCAGCAUUUAGAGAAAAAGUUGUACCAAUUUUAUGAGUGAAUCCCAGUAUCCAUUCUCCUUUGUCAUCACGGAUAACUCCACCUGCAGCUGCUUCAACAGGUUGGCCUCUGGCGCUCCCAUCGACGUUUAGAUUAACAAAUGUCUUGCUCGUUUUUUUCCAGGGGAAGGGAAAUGGAGUACUCCUUGACAAGUUGCUUGCUAUGUCUACUCUUGACCUGGGUCCUACUUCAAGCUCUCCGUUCCAUUACAGGGGGGAGCAGAGCGAGCUCCGGCAAGCUUCCACCUGGUCCACGGCGGAUUCCAAUAUUGGGGAACUUGUUGGAUCUUGGUGACAAACCCCACAAGUCCCUGGCCGAGCUUGCCAAGACUCAUGGCCCCUUAAUGAGUCUGAAACUAGGCAGCUUAACCACAAUAGUUGUUUCUUCAGCAGCCAUGGCUAAAGAAGUCUUACAAAACCAUGAUCUCACCUUCUCCAACCGAACAAUCGGUGACGCUGUCCGAGUCAAACAACACGACGAAGUCGGGUUGCCAUGGAUGCCUGUUUCACCGCUUUCGAGAACCCUUCGCAAAGUAUGCAAUUCACAUUUUUUCAGUAAUAAAAAACUCAACGCCAAUCAAUACCUGCGCCGCAAGAAGAUAGAAGAGCUUCUUUCCUAUGUUCACAAGCAUGGCCGUGCUGGUGUAGCAGUCAACAUAGGCCAAGCAGCUUUCAAUACUUCAAUCAAUUUGUUGUCUAAUACUGUUUUCUCCAAGGAUUUGGUCGAUCCAAAUUCAAAAGAUGCACAAGCUUUCAAGCAAACUGUGUGCAGUAUCAUGGAAGAGGGAGGGAAGACUAACCUAGCUGAUUACUUCCCUGUGCUAAGAAAGAUUGAUCCACAAGGUGUACGGCGCAGGAUGUCAAUUCAUUUAACAAAGUUGCUUAACCUUGUUGACAAAAUGUUCGAUGAGCGGUUGCAUUCAAGAAAAGAGCAUGGGUCUAUUGCCUACGACGAUGUUUUGGACACUCUACUAGACAUCAUUGAAGAUAAUCUCGUGGAACUCAAUAAAACACAUCUCACGCAUUUACUCGGAGUUUUUUUUGUUGCCGGAACAGACACAACAUCAGUUUCAUUAGAGUGGGCAAUGGCAGAAUUACUCCAAAACCCAAAGGUUUUACAAAAAGCGCAGGUAGAGUUAAAGAAAACUAUUGGGAAAGGAAACCAAGUGGAGGAAUCAGACAUUGCUCGUUUACCUUACUUACAAGCAAUCAUCAAAGAAACAUUUCGGAUGCACCCGCCACUUCCUUUGUUGCUUCCUCGUAGAGCUGGACCAGAUGCGGAAAUCCAUGGCUUUAGAAUUCCAGAGGGUUCACAAGUGCUAGUCAAUGCCUGGGCUAUAGGCAGAGAUCCAGACAUUUGGGAGAACCCUGAAUGCUUUAGACCAGAAAGGUUCUUGGGGUUAGAGAUUGAUGUCAAAGGUAGGAAUUUCGAGCUCAUUCCUUUCGGCGCAGGGCGACGAAUAUGUCCUGGAUUGCCUUUGGCCAUGAGGAUGUUGCAUUUAAUGUUAGGUUCCCUUAUUAACAACUUUGAUUGGAAGAUCGAAGGAGGGGUCAUGAACAUGGAAGAAAAGUUUGGGAUCUCAUUACAAAAAGCAGAACCCUUGCGAGCUGUCCCUAUUCCACUUGUUUAAGGAUCUGAAAAUUAGAAUGGUGAUGUUUAUGAUUAAUUAUGCA